AUGUUCCGCACCAAGUCGACAGAGCCUGGCCAGCUCGUCCUCGAGCAGGGUCCGUCUGGCUCCGUGCUCGACGAUGGCCGCUUCAAGAUUCGCUUCCACAGCGAGGCGCAUUCUCUCGCCUCCUGGUAUCACGACCUCCAGAUGAAGCGCUCCUGCAAGCACCCUGCCAGCCGCCCGACCUCGCCCGAGGCCCUCAAGACGGAUCCCGCCGGAUUCCCCCCUCUCAACAUUGCCAUCCACAUUGUUGGCUCCCGCGGCGAUGUCCAGCCCUUUAUCCCCAUUGCCCAAAUCCUCUCCGCGGCUCCGUUCAACCACAGGGUGCGCAUCUGUACGCACCCCGUCUUUAAAGAUUUCGUCGAGGAGCAGGGCGUCGAGUUCUUCAGCAUUGGUGGUGACCCGGAAGCUCUCAUGUCAUACAUGGUCCGAAACCCGGGACUAUUGCCGAAUAGAGAGAGUGUCAAGGCCGGCGAUAUUGGCAAGCGCCGUGACGAGAUGGCGGAAAUCAUCAAUGGCUGCUGGCGCAGCUGUAUCGAGGCUGGCAAUGGCAUGGGCGAACCCGUCACCGCCGCCUUCGUAACGGACCCAAAGGAGCUCUUCAUCGCCGAUGUCAUCAUUGCCAAUCCGCCCUCCAUGGCUCAUAUUCACUGUGCCGAGAAGCUCGGCAUUCCUCUGCACAUGGUUUUUACCAUGCCCUGGUCCCCAACCGACGCCUUUGCCCAUCCUCUGGCCGCUAUGAACUACGGCGGAGCCGACAAAAAGAUGGCCAACUACAUUUCCUUCAUUAUGAUGGAGCUCCUCACAUGGCAAGGCCUCGGCGAUUUGAUAUCCAAAUUUCGCCACCAGAAGCUUGGUCUCGACCCCAUCAGCCCUCUUUGGGGCUUUCAUCUGCUCCCGCGUCUUCGGGUACCCUUCACCUACCUGUGGUCAAAGUCAUUGAUCCCUAAACCGAAGGACUGGGGUAACUACAUCAACAUUACUGGUUUCUCCUUUCUGCCCCUUGCUAGCUCAUACACGCCCCCCGACGACUUGACUGCCUUCCUGGCUGCUGGACCGGCACCAAUCUAUAUUGGCUUUGGUUCCAUUGUCGUUAAAAACCCUGCUGAGCUCAGUAAACUACUAUUUGCCGCGGUCAAGAAGGCUGGCGUACGGGCCAUCAUCUCCAAGGGCUGGAGCAAGGUCGGUGGCGACGACGUUCCCGACAACAUCUACCUAAUCGGCAACUGUCCUCAUGACUGGCUCUUCCAACACGUCUCUGCUGUCGUACAUCACGGCGGUGCCGGAACCACUGCUGCCGGUAUUGCUGCCGGCAGGCCGACCGUCGUCGUCCCUUUCUUUGGAGAUCAGGCUUUCUGGGGCCGGAUGGUAGCUCGUGCUGGAGCAGGUCCAGAGCCGGUCCCCUUCACCGAGAUGACAGUUGACAGCCUUGCGAAGAGCAUUACCACAGCCCUAACAGAUGAUGUACAAAAAGGUGCUCAAGAGAUGGCCAAGACCAUUGCCGCGGAGAAUGGAGCAGAAGAUACCGUGACUGACUUUCUCGAGCGUCUUGCCAGCGAGGAUAAGCUGCAGUGCGACUUGUGUCCGGGUCGGCUAGCUAUCUGGCUGCACAAAAAGACAGGCGCACGCUUGAGCGGAUUUGCGGCAGCCUGUCUAGCUGACAAGGGCAUCAUGACGCCUGAUCAAGCGAAGCUGAUCCACCACAAGAGUUGGUAUGUUGACGAGGGUGCCGAGCAUCCCUUGGUAGGCAUGGUUGCUUCGGCCACAGGCUUCGUCACAGCGGUCGCCAUUGCCUCUUCUGACUAUUCCAAAGCAUGGAAAUACCGGCCUAGCAAAGCAAGCGCCAAAAAAGAAACUGCAAGCGAGUCUUCAUUCGAACGGAAAGGAGCUGUUCCCGAGGACAAACCCCCGGCAAAUGGUGCGGCCCAUAUCAUAACCCCGUCGCAGAUGGAAAUUUCUGCCAAGAAAAUGGCAACAAAGUCCCUUCGCACCGUGUGGACUCCCCAGCCUCGAAUUGAACGCACACCAACCUUCCACGACAACUGCAAGGCGGAGUGGGAGGGGCAUGAGAAAGGUCGACACGGCCGCACGUGGUACCUUGCUCGUAAGACGAGCAGGUUCGGUGUCGAGCUUACCAAGGCAGGCCUCAAAGCACCCGUUGCCUUUUUCUGGAACACGGCCAACGGCUUCCACAACUUCCCCUCGUACGGCUAUGCCGGCAUCGAGGUGCGCCGCAGGGACGAGGUCAAGGGUUUCGGCAGCGGUGUCAAGGUUGCCGGCAAAGAAUUCGUUCUCGGUUUCUGGGACGCCUUUUCCGGCAUCAUCGUCCUGCCGUACAAGGGCACCAGAGACGAGGGUGCCAAGGGUCUCGGCAAGGGCAUUUGGCGCGGCGGCAAGGGCUUCUUCUGUGGCCUGGGCGCCGCCGUCUUUGGUCUUCCCGGCUACACUCUCAAGGGCUUCGAGAGGGAGCUUUCCAAGCGCCACCUCACCAAACUCAAGGCGGAAAUCCUGCUCAUCAGACUCCGCAAGUCGCUCCAGGAUUUCCGCGAGGCCACGGUGGAAGAGCGCGAGGCGGUGAUUGACGCAUGGAUGGCCAAAUACUAA